AUGUCUCAGAUUACUGAAAACAAGGCCGCAUGGAUUACCGAGAAAGGAGCAAGGCCGUUCAAAGUUGGCCCAGGGCCUAUACCAAAUCCUGCUGAGAACGAAGUCGUCAUCAAAGUUGCUUAUACGGCGAUGAAUCCAGUCGACGUGAUAAUGCAAGAAAGUCCUGCUUUGGAACUUCCAUACCCCUUCAUCUUAGGAGUUGAUUUGUCUGGUACAGUUGUUGCUUUGGGAUCUGGCGUGACACGAUUUAAAGUCGGGCAGCGCGUGACCGGACACUGCGAUUCUCUACUCACCAAGAAAAAAACGAACUCGGCAUUUCAGGAAUACGCAACAUGUCUUGAGGUGUUGGUUUGCCAUAUUCCAGAUUCGGUGCCUUUGGUCAAUGCCGCGGUGCUUCCACUUGCGGUCGAUACAGCAUCGACGGGAUUAUUUUCCAUUCUCAAGUUGCCUUUACCUGUAAUUAAUCCGCAGCCAGUCGGACGCAAGAUACUCAUCUGGGGCGGAAGUUCGUCGGUGGGUUCUUGUGCUAUCCAGCUAGCAAUCGCAGCUGGACUCGAAGUUGCUGCCACAGCCAGUUCGAAAAAUCACGAGCACGUGAAAAGCCUAGGAGCCCGACAUGUUUUUGAUUACAAUGAUCCGGAAGUGAUCAAUAAAAUCACGACUGUCUUACAACCAGGAGAUUUGGUGUACGAUUGUAUCGGGGGUGAUAAGGUCCGAGCGACAUGUACAGAAAUUCUUCAAAAGAUAGGGGGUGGAACACUCCCAACUGUCCGCUGGUUUGCGCCUACCGAGACCGGGAAUGUGAAGGUCGAGUUUGUCAAUGGCCUCCUUCCAGGACUCAUUGAUACCAGCAUCGGCAAGUCAGUUUGGGGCAACUACAUUACAAAGGCCCUCGAAUUGGGAAAAUUUCAAGCUAAACCGGACCCCUAUGUAAUUGAGGGUGGACUUGAGAAGAUACAGGAUGGAAUAGACGUACUCAAAAAGGGUGUUUCUGCUCAGAAGAUUGUGGUGGAAAUUGCAAAGACUGCUUAG